AAACAGGAAGUAGGAGAUUUCUAGGUUACUGGAAUCAGUGUUUUAACGACAGAGGCAAAAUGCACACGGGGAAAAUGGUGCAGAGUACUGUUAAAUAUAAAGUACUUGCAAGCGAUUUGCAAGAGGAAAACGACAACGAUUAUUCCGAGGAUGAAGAAGAUGAAAUUACGAUAGAUUUCCAAUCGUCCUUCAUCAAUCAGCAAACAAGCACGAGGAAAAGAGACACCUGCAUCAAGGUCAUGGUGGCUGUGAUUCUUCUGGGAAUUGUUUUCGGAUUUAUGAUCUAUGAGUGGAAUGGCUAUUGGCCUGGAGUUGAGGAGCGUCAGGACCUGUCAGGUCAUCAAGAGGCUAACAAGACACACAAGAUUUAUGAGGAGGAUGAAGACCACGACCACGACCACGACCAGCAUCAUCAUGAUGAUGGUGACCACAAUGACCAUGACCACAAAGACGGAGAUGAUCAUGAUCAUCACGAUGAUGAUCAUCAUGAACAUGAUCAUGAUCAUCAUGAUGAUCACACUCACGAGCACAGUCACUCGCUCUACCACCAUGCUGCAAUCAUCACAAACUCAGCAAACUGCUCCAGUAUUGGUAAGAAGCUUCUUCAGGAAGGAGGUAAUGUGGUCGAUGCAGGGAUUGCUGCUUUACUCUGCCUAGGAGUUGUUCAUCCACACACUACUGGAUUAGGUGGAGUGUUUUCUGCAAUUUUGUACAAUCACACUGCAGGAUCAUUUAAAACAGUACAUGACACCUCUCAGAAGCAGCCUACAUAUGGCACUCCCUCAUUAUUGCAGGGCCUUCGACUGCUGCAUUCCAACUACGGCCAUUUAGAAUGGAGUCGGCUUUUUGAGGGCGCCACGAAACUCGCUAAAGAGGGUUUCUUUAUCGAUGGCAUCCUCUCCAGGGCUUUAGAAACCCACAAGGACAAAAUACUCCACUCAGGAUUGCGCGAUCUGUUCUGCGAUACGGACGGCCGUGUGAAAUCAGAGGGCGAGCGUGUCGCCAACAGGAAUCUAUCAGAACUUUUGCUGAGCGUCAGCCUAAAUAGCUCCCAUUUCCCGGAAAACCUGGCCGUAAAAUUGGCUCAAGACAUUUCUGAAGCGGAGAGACCGGCUUUCCUUGCCGCCGCUCAGACCAGCAGCGGAGAAAUCAAUGAGCCCCUUAUCAUAGCAGAGGAGAAAUACAGCAUUCUUUCAGCCCCCAACCAGCUCACAGGUAGAAUGGUAUCCAAUAUAUUAGAAAGAGUCCGAGAGCAACACCUCACUUUCCAGAGCCAUGGAGAUCUCCGUAAUGCCUUUGCCUCUUAUAAUACCCUCUUAAAUUUGACGAAUGAAUUCUUCAACGCAAGUCACAGAGAGAUAUUUACAUUAAAUACCACAAGCAGUCAUGUAGGAGUCCUCGAUAGUCAAGGCAAUUUCAUGGUAAUCUCCACCUCGCUCAACAGCACAUGGGGAUCCGGGCUAUACUUACCAAGUAGCGGAGUGAUUCUCAAUGACUUUACCUCAGAUAUCACUCAGGAGCCUUAUUUUAGUUUUCCUCUGGUGCUAAAUAUAACUGAAGAUGGGGAGGAUGAUCCUGAUGAGAAGCAGUUUGUUGCUGUGACCGGAGGGCUCUCUGCCCUGCUUCAUUCUGUGGUUAUGCUGAGAAACUUGGCUGACGUUGGACUGUCUGCUGAGGAGACUGCGAGGAGCCCUCUGCUCCAUUUAGAACAGGGUUCUGGGUCUCUGUCUGGCUGUAUUUCUGGUGUCACAAACAGCUCUGUUGUCUUCAGGUUGCUUUCAGAGGGAGACGAGCCCGUACAGGAGGUGGGCAAAUGUUCAGAUUGCUUUCUGUCCAUGCUGCUGCGACUGAAAGCAAACCAUGUAGGAGCCUAUGGGGCCCCUGCGACUGAGGUCCACGCUGACGGAUACUAAUGCAAAAAAAAAAAAAGAAUGUAGUAAUGACAUAUCAUACAAAAAUGACACUUUAUGCACUGAAAGAACAUUGCACUCAUACUGCAGAUGACUUACGUUAUGCCCAGCCUCACAAUACUGGGAAUGACAUGUGAAUGUAAAAAACUUUACUGGUGUUUUAACCCUGUUGAAAAAAACAGCAUAUUCUGGUUAGGUACUGUAUGUUUUGAAGCAUGACUACUGAUUUGAGCUGGUUUAAAGGAGUAGUUCACUUCCGGAACAAAAAUGUACAGAUAAUGUACUCACCCCACUGCCAUCCAAGAUGUUUAUGCCUUUCUUCAAUUAUGUUUUUUGAGGAAAACAUUUAAGGAAUUAUCUCCAUAUAGUGGACUUCAAUUCGAGUUUGAACGUCCAAAAUGCAGUUUAAAUGCAGCUUCAGAGGGCUCUAAACAAUCACAGCCAAGGAAGAAGGGUCUUAUCUAGCAAAACGAUUGGUCAUUUUCUAAAAAAUAAAAAACAAAAUUAUAUACUUUUUAACCUUAAAUACUCAUCUUGUCUAGCUCUGCCAUGCACAUGUGUACUCUGUAUAAUCCGGGUCAAUACAGUUAGGGCGAUGUUGAAAACCUCCCAUCUCAUUUUCUCCUCCAACUUUAAAAUCAUCCUACAUCACUGCAUAAGUACCGACCCACUGUUUACAAACAUGCAACAUGCAAAAAAGGUCAAACUCCCUUUACAAAAAAAGGUAAAACAGUGAUGUAGGAUGAUUGAAACUGCAUUUCGGAUAAUCAAAUUCACAGGCACCACUGAAGUCCACUAUAUGGAGAUAAUUUUUUAAAUGUUUUCCUCAAAAAAUAUAAUAUCUUUAUCUUGGAUGACAAGGAGGUGAAUACAUUAUCUGAAAAUUUUUGUUCUGGAAGUGCAAUACUCCUUUAAGAUGGUCAUUUGCUGGUCCUGAGCAGGAACUAGUUGCUUCAAAACAUACC